UAAAGGCAGAUAGGUUACUGCUGUUGGAACUUUGGAUAAUCUCUAAGAGACUUUACAAGCAGCUGGUUUACUACACAUCACCAAGAAAUAUUCUGGAUCAACAAACAGCUUUUAAAUCUGAAUAGGGUAGGCAGGUGUUGUGUGCAGGUCUAUCGCCAUUUUGACAUAGUCUUCUUAAUUUGUAGUGGUUACAAAUGCAGAAAGAAUUCAGGAAACUAACAGAGGGUUCAGAGUAUCAAGAGSAUCUGAAAUACGACUUCAAUAUAAAAGGGGAACUGAGGCACCUGGAUACAAAUGAGUCCUUUGUUUUCAAUUACUACAAGAAUGGACUUGAGCAGAAUCAUAAACGCUAUGAAGUUCUGGGACAUUUUAUUACCCAGUAUGUUUAUGAGCUCCUGGAAAGAGUCUGCAUGCUGCAGAAGGUUUAUAUUCCUACUGAUGCUACAGAGGAUGAACCACRAACUUUCUUUUUCAUGAGCAAGAAUGCACUAACAAGUUCUUCUAGCCUAAUUAUUCUUCUUCAAGACAAGGGAGUUUUCUGUGCUGGACAGUGGGGGCGAAGGACAAUUGUCAAUGAAGGCCUGAGACAUGGAACACAAAUACCAUUCAUCAAAAUGGCUCUGAAGAGCCACUGGGAAGUGAUUGUACUGAACCCCAAUGACAAUUUUGUCAAUCUGAAGACUGAAAAGGAGAGGUUUUCUGGCAGGGAAGAAGGACUUACAUUUACACAGUCUGUCUGGCAGAUCCCCAAGAGGGGCAGCAGCAGCCCUGAGGAGCAUACCAUGUAUGUAUGGGAUCAUUUCAUUGCAAAGAGUGCAGCCAGGAACGUGGCCUUCAUUGCCCAUGGCUAUGGUGGGUUGGUGUUUGUUGACCUGCUGGUGCAGAGGAAAUGUGAGGUGAUGAACAAAGUGUACUCUGUGGCRUUCAUCGACUCCACGCACAACAUGCAGCACCAGAGCAGGCACGAUCCGGAAAUACAGGAAUGGAUACAGCAACACUGCCGGGAAUGGGUGUCAAACAGUAAACCUUUAAAUAAAACUGUGAGCUUUCUCAUGAGAGUAAGUUGUCCUAUUUUCUCUGCUGGAACAGAAAAGUAUGAUUUAGCACCCUCCUGCUGCUUACAAGCCAUCUUUAAGUAUCUGAAGAGCAUGCUGAAAGCCAAGAUGAGAACAGCCUUUAGGAAUUCACCUGUUGUAACCAGAAGCAGGACAAGAAAGAAGAGAAGCACCAAAUAAAG